AUGUCUGCCACGUCGUCUGUAUUCAACUUUCGCUACGAGAAUGGCAGGCGGUACCAUGCUUACGCAGAGGGCAUGUACCCAGUACCAAAUGACGAGACCGAGGCAGAUAGACUCGAUCUCCAACACCACGCCUUUCGCCUUACACUCGACGGAAAACUAUAUCGAGCACCAAUUCCACAAGAUGUUCAAAGCGUUCUGGAUGUAGGAUGUGGGACUGGCAUAUGGGCUAUUGAAUUCGCAGACGAGCACCCAUCUGCGCGUGUCCUGGGCACAGAUCUCAGUCCCAUCCAACCCGAACAGGUCCCACCAAAUUGUGAAUUCCUAAUUGACGAUUGCGAAAAAGAAUGGAUCUUCCACGAGAAAUUUGACUACAUCCACUCGCGCGCCUUGGUAGCAGCGAUCAAGAACUGGCCUCGUUUUUUCGAACAAGCCUAUGCUAAUCUCAAACCUGGGGGCUACCUAGAGUGUCAAGACAUUGCCUUUCCGAUUAGCUGCAUGGAUCCCAAUGUCACUGCUGAGAACUCGCCACUAAUCCGCUGGUCUGAGUAUUUCCUCGAGGCUGCACAGAAGAUUGGUCUUGAUGGUACGGGCCCUCGUCAUUUCACACCCCAACUACGUGACGCAGGGUUCACGGACAUCAACGUUAAGAUGUACAAAUGGCCAGUGGGCAAAUGGGCAAAAGGCGCGAGAUUCAAGUUGUUGGGCCGCUUCGUAUAUGAAGAUCUAAUGGACUGGCUGCCCAGCAGUUCACUCGGUCUCUUCACACGCGUACUCAAGUGGUCCAGAGAAGAAGUCGAAGUCUUCCUAGCCGACUGCAGACAGGAAGCAAAAAGAAAAGACCGACACUACUACGCUGAUGUGUAA